AUGUCCGCCGUGAAACCCUCAGCACUGGGCAUCACGGCGUCUCCAUCCUUGUCCUCGGCGGCACUCUCUCGAGCUUCUUCCAGAACCUCUCCCUUAGCAAAAUUCCAUGCAGGCUUUUUUAGAAUAAGCCUUGCCUUAUGUGCUCAAGUGUUGUUAUGGAAAAACCUAGUCCAAAUUACAAAAGACAACCAUGCUCGUCAAUUCCACCCUAUGCUCUUGUCCCUCCCAUCGACGGCCACUAAUUUAUUAUGGUUGACGGCCUUACUCGUUUUGAUCUCGUUAUCUAUUCUCUACACGUUAAGGUGUUAUCAUCACUUUGACAAGGUGAAGGACGAGUUUUUGCACCAUGUAGGAGUAAACUAUUUGUUUGCUCCUUGGAUGUCAAGCCUGUUAUUGCUUCAAACUUCGCCUAUGCUUGUUGUUCCUGAUGGUAGUAUUUGCCAACAAUUAACUUGGUGGAUGUUUGUAGUACCUAUAAUUAUGCUUGAUAUCAAGUUAUACGGGCAAUGGUUUAUUAAGGGAAAACGAGUUCUAACGAAGGUGGCUAACCCGGCUUGCCAACUAUCCGUCAUAGCAAAUUUGGUAGCAGCAAAGGAAGCUAUGUUUAUGGGAUGGUCAGAGAUGGCGUUGUGCUUUUUCGCAUUGAGCAUGGCUCACUACUUGGUGUUGUUUGUCACCCUUUAUCAAAGACAUCCAGGGAGCAAUGGUGUUUCGCCGUCACUAAGGCCGGUUUUCUUCUUGUUUAUUGCGACUCCAAGCAUGGCUAGCAUAGCAUGGUGCUCAAUUGCCGGGUCCUUUGAUGUUGUAUCAAAGAUGCUCUUCUUUCUCUCCAUGUUUCUCUUCAUGUCCUUGGUAAUGUUUGCUAAUGUUGCAGGUUCAAUUGCCAUUUAUUUUCUGUGUUUCUUGUACAAUGCCUCGACUUAUGCAUUCUAUAAGGAAGAAAAAGCUAAAACAAAUACAAAUAGUAAUUGCAAUGGUUAUUAUUAUGUUGAUGAUGUAUUGGAUGUGGUAUAUAAUUAG